AAUUACAUUAAAACCCAUUUACCUGAUCGAAAGCCUUACCUGAUAGUUCAGCUGGUAAGCAAAAGUACAAUGACACAUAAUUUGACAUAACAUUAAGCUUUAGUGCUCAUGAUUCAUCUUUAGAAGUCAGAGGUGAUAAAACUUACUAACUUACUGUUUCAUUAUUCAAAAUUAUUGGCUUAAUUAAUAUUAGGAUAUUAAGUAAGGCAAGGGGAGAGACUGCAGUUAGUUAAGUUAGCACAUUAUUUAUUAAUAAAUUAAAAUUGAUAUUGAUAGUUUAAUUGAUCAUGAAUCAUAAUGAUUAAUAUUGAGAUAUUAAUAUCAAUUCAAUAGUAGGAAAUUAGUAAACGAAGGCUUCCUGCCGACAUGUUUGUUGUUUUGUUGCAUUCCUUUUCUCAGGUUUAACCUUAAUUUGUUUUACUAAUUUCCUAUUAAUUAAUAUUAAAAACAUUAUUCAUUAUAUUAUUUUGGUAGACAUUAUUUUAUAUUAUUUACUAUAUUAAUACUAGUACUAGUAUAUAUAAUAUGGUAAUUUAGGCCUAUCUAGCCUAUCAUUAUAUGUUUACAUGGUUAUACUUUAUUUUUGUAUAAUUCAUCAUCAUUCAUGUCAUCUGUCUGUUAUUGAAAGUUAUUCUUUUAUAUUUAUGGUAAAAAAAUUGAUGUCAAUGAUGUCCAUGUUAGUAUGUUUUCAAACCAGUCUUUGCUUAGGCUUAUCCAUUAAAUCAAAAUGAAAUUGUACUGGCCAUUAUUAAUACUAUUACUUAUUACUAUUUCUAUUAUUAUUUGUACUAUUACUAGUAGCCUACUACUAGUCUUAAUAGUGAUAGUGACAGGGUCAAAUAUGUGCAGGGGACUAGAUCAGUUCUAGACUGUGGGACUGUAGGCUUAUUUCUACUCCUUGUACAUUAUAAUAAAAAUAUAUUAUUUAUAUGAUUUAAAUUUAAACCUAAUUAAGUCCUAAAAAUUCAAUUGUCAAUAUCAUUCUUAAACUUAAAAGUAGCUAAACUUAAUUUUUUAAAGUGGCAAAAUAAUUAAGCAAAUAAAAAAUAAAUUAUAGUGAUGCCCAAAUGAUGGCCAUUGCCAUCAGUGUGUCAAUUUAUAAUGAUGAAAGAGUAAUAAAUCGCUGGUGACUGAUAAAUACGGGACAGUUCACUCGUACACUGAAAGUGAAGGGCAUCAUAAUCAUGGCCUGUGUUGUAUCAUUCACCUUAAAAUGGGGCCCAAUUAUAUCCACUUAAUCAGAAAAUAACCAUACAUUCUAAAUCUCUAUCUCCUAUUUUAAGAAAGUUAUGAAUUUUUAAAAACUCAGGAACAACUUCAAAUUUUAGAGGAUUGAAAGAGACAAUAUUUCCACACGCUAUUUUCUAAAAUAACUAAGUUGGAUCUUUCCAAUCUCAUGCACUAACAGCCAGUUUAAAUAUAACAAGCUCAAUUUUUUUCAGGUUGGGCUCAAAGAUAUAAAUUAAAAAAUUAUUGAUACAAAAAUGAGCCAUAGCACAGUUUGACCAAUUAUGAAAAGGGAGACAAAAGUCAAUUUUAGUUCAUUUUUAAGAUAUCAUAAAAUUAAAAAUGAACUAAAUGAGUUAGAAAUAUAAAAUUUAGAUAAUGGUAAAGUAAAUUUAAAGUUUAUUAUUGUGGAAUUAAACAGCAGAGGAUAAAUUAUAAUUGACUAGAAUUAUCUUACCUAAGCAUGUUCACACAAAAUUACAAUUUUAUAGUAUAGAAUUUUUUUAAAUCACAGAAAAGUAACCAAUUAAGAUAUCUAAAAUCUAAAUAAACUUUUUACCAUAUUGUAGAAAUAGAUAUUGUUUUUAUUUGGAGAUAAACAGACUCAGGUUAAAAAUACAAAUAAUAAUUAAGAAAUAUUUUUAAAAUGGUACUUUCAAACACAAAAUUGAGAAUGUCCAACAUAAUUAAUUUGUAUUAUAAAUUGGUAUAGAAAGCUGCAAUUCAGUACUGGUAUUGAAAAUUGUAUGACAAAGUAGAAAAACCUAUAAAAGAGAUAAGUUGAAAGAAGUCUGAUGAGAUUUAUUUGCAUGUCUGGAUGGUUCUGGGAACAUUCCCUUCUAAUGGGUUCAGGCCAAAUUUCCACAAUUCAUAAAUCAACAACCUGUGAAUAUUCCAAAAAAAUAUAUGUAUUUGUAUCAUGAUUUUAAUUGUUACGGUUAACUUAGCAUUGAUGAUCAUGUCAUUGCUAGCAAUGAAAUAAAAAAAUUACUUAUAAUAUUACUACUACCGGUAAUACCUGUACCAGAAGCUUUUUGGUGACAGUCUGUUUUGGACUCAGGGAAAUGUAAUUGGCAUUAUUCACAAGCAAAAACAGCACAUGACCUAUACAAAUAAAGGUGAACAUUUUCAUGGAGGAUAAAACAUUUUUACCCUCAAAAACCAUUUUCCUUACACAAAUACAAAUAUAUACACCAGUACACCUACUCUACACUAUAAAAAAGGAAAUGUAAGAGAAAAAAUAAAUUUACUUACUUCCUACCACAUAAAAACCAAAAAGAAUCCAGCUGGCAGCAAUAAGAGCACCAAAAGCCAAUAAAAAUCCAAGAAACAACCAGAUCCUUGCACCUUUUGACCAUUACAAAAUUAUUAAUGUAAAUAAUUACUUUUUUAUGCAUCUUACCAUAUAACUUUAUUUAUAAACUGGAUUAGUUGAUAAUUUAAAACUAACCUUGGAGAAAUAAUACUUCGACCCAAAGGUAAAUGCUUUUCUCAAAUAGAUAAUACUUUGACAGUUAAAUGAUUUACAGCACCUUCUAAACAAAUUGCAUUGCUUAAAAAAAAAAAAAUUCAAUAUUUAAACAUGCCUUCUUUUUCUUAAAUCCAUUAUUGUAAAUUAAAUACAGGGGACUUUACAAUACCGGUUGGCUAUUAGUGCUAGUUGAUAAUUCCCAAGAAAUCAAUAAUCCAAGAAGUACAGAUGCUAAAUCACAACUACAUAAGAGAAACAGCUUUUUUAAAUAAAUAUAAGAUACCUAGGAAUGAAUUAAUUCUUUAACUUACCUAUGAACGAUUAAAUCCAUGGAAAAAUCAGUAAAUUUGGCUAAAUUGCUUAUACGGUCAGAUUUUCUUUCUCUUACUCGACUGAAUUUUUUGUGUGGUUAUUUGAUGACGUAUUGCUUAAGCUUGCCCGUUAUGUGUUGUAAAUGGGGCAUUCCCAAAUUUUAACAGUUUUAUCAUAAAAUGAAUUGGCUUUCAGAAUAUGUAUUUUUGCAAGCUUUAAGAUAAUGGCAACAGCUAAAAAUGCACUUUGAAUUCUAAAACUUUAAGCAUAAAUUUUUAUUUUACACCUUGUAAUAAUAUAUCAGAAUACAGAUAAAAAUCAGUACUUUCUAAAUUUGUUGCAUCCAGUCAAACAAAUAUGAUGAGAAAAUACACUUGAUGGUUGAUGUGACCAGAUAAAAAAAAAUUCUCAGCUAAAUACUUAAAUUGUCUAAAGAGUCUAGACAUAUAGGCCCUAUAGUUAAUUAUUAUAAUGUCGAGACCUAUACAGUGUAUUAGAGAUUUAUUAACUUACUAAGCACUGACCCGGUACUAUCAUACUCACUGUUAUACUAAAUUCUAAAUUCUUUCGUUAAUCUUUUUCUAAUUUGUUGCAUGGGUUGAUUAAUUAAAAUGACAUACAAAUGCUAUCACCAUUAUUUGAGUUUUUUAGUGUUUGCUUUGGUGUUGUUCUAUUAUGAAACUUUUUUAUUUAAACAUGAAUCUAGAUCUAGCUGAACGUGACACCAGACAGACACAAUCAUGUCAGGUUUCUUAGAUAACUGCCAUUGGCCUAGAUGUGAAUGCAUAGAACUUGGAGACAAAAGAAACCUGGUUGUUUCAGUCCUGUCAGGUGUGAUGGUAAGAUAACAGUGGGGACCUAUUUUCUAAAACUUUUCAUUUUACUUGAACUUGAGAGAUUUAAUUGAAGCUGAUUAUUUAUUAUUUUUCAGUCAGGUAUUAUAAUUAAUGUUUUUACUAUUAGAAUGCAUUUUUAAGAACUUUGCCAAUGAAUAAAUGUAUAAAGCCCUGGCUAAUGAUAAAACCAUUGCUUCUAGUUUUUUGCAGGUUGGUGGUUUGUGAUCGAUGCAGCAGCUAUGUACCCAGAUGGUGACAAGUUUAACCAUGCCUUCCAGACUCCUGGUGUCAUAUUAACUGUAGCUUUCUUUAUGUAAGUCUAGUCUUGUUUUGUGGAUCAGCCUUAUUGUUCACAAAUGUAAUUUGUUUCAAACAAUUUUUUUUUAAUCCAGACCAAAUUUUUUAAAAUUUGUUUUAAAUCUCAGAUUUAACAAAGGCCUCCAAAACAUUAAGCAAAAGAAACUAUGACUGAUUAAAUUUAGGUAAUCACAAAGGUGUUUGGAUGACUUGGUGUGUGUAUAUUGGCUAUUUUAUCCUAGGAUUUGGAGCAGGAUUUUUUGGGCAAGGGUCGCUCCUGACAAAUUUGUAUCUGCUCCAUUCUGCUCAGGUGGUUAAGGGAGGUGUUAAGUGUUUUAAGUAAUGUGUUUAAAACUGUCACUUACCAAUCUUAUUGACUAGUCAUAUAAAUGCAUGUGCCAGCAACAUACCAGUAGAAGAAUUGGGCAACUUAACUGAAGAGUGGCACAAAGCUGAUUAGGAGAGAGGGUCAACAUAGUUGGUAGAAGAGUGGGUCAACAUAGCUGGUAGAUGAGUGGGUCAACAGACUUGUUUACCCACAAACUCCUAAAAUCGUACAAUAUCGUCUCAAAAUCGUACAAUGCAGUAUUUUGAUAGUAAAUAAAUAAAAAUACAGUAUAUAUAUUGUAUACAAUAACUACUCUUUAUAGCGUGUUCAGUUAAGCUGGCGUCAAAAUAUGGAACUGUAGGUUAACAGUAGAUGACUGACGUUAGCAGUUAACUGCGGUCACUUUGUUUUGCAGACGCGUAUCGGCUAAUGCAUAUCAAUUAAGAUUUGGGUUAAUGUGCUGAUCACAUUAUCCCAGUCUGUCACAGGUUAAAAUAAAGUCAACGGUGAAAUUUAACGUUGUUCAAACUUGACGUCAGAUGAGCAUUAAAUAAAAUGUAUUAAGAUAAGAAUGAAUUACCCGGAAACAAAUUGGGAACCCCCCCNNNNUCACAAGGCUCCCUGGCCUUUUUUUGUGUGUACGGUACAGUGAGCUUUAGAACACCAGCCCAGCCCCCACCCCCCAUAAACUUUAAAAAAUCCGUUGUAUAUUAUGAUGUUACAGUAAACAAAGCAUGACACGGGUUUUCACCACUGGUGAUUCGGCUAGCCCAGUGGUUCCCAGAAUAAACGCCACAUCGCCCUGGGUGCUCGUUGCCCUCGGGCAAGGGGGUUAGCUGCGGCUUCCUCAUCAAGGCGUUGCGAAAUAUUUUUUUUUUUAAUUCAUUAUUUUAUUUUCACGUUUAAACCAGUGUAACAACUUUCGGUCGUUGUGCAAACUGUAACCCACUAAGCAACCGCUGUUUGCAGUUCCAGAUGGCGCUCAGUGACCGACAUACACGUUAUAUUUAUUUUUAUCCAACCUUUAUUUUAUUUUUGUAUUCGCUAUUUCGAAUUGUACAUGUUAGAAUUCAACACAGGGAGCCUUGUGAAAACGUAGUGUGGCAUAGGCGCAGGGAAACGAAAAUUUUAGAACCACUGGCGGAGCCCACCGAAAUAUACGUCACACGCGGGCUGACCAUUCGGAGCACUAAACAUUACUGCAAUGUCUCUACUACUGAGUUUAGGUACAGCUAGCUAGUUCAUUUAUGAAAAUACAUCUUGACAACAUCACAACAAAAAUUCCUGCUAACCAUUGGCUGAUAUUUUACAGCAUUCGAGAUAUAAAUGUGCUAUUUUAGGACUUUUGGAGUUUCGGCAUGAUUAUUGUAGUAUUUUUAAAUACCGCAUGUAUUUUCUGUGAAGGAACUGCCACCCCCCACCUGAAAUUACGAAAAGGUGGGUUACGGUGUUGAUUCAAAUAUUUAGACCCACGCCAUACAUGGUAUCUCUCAGAUCCACACCACUCAUUUUGCCUCUGGUUGCUACUGAAAAGCCUGACUUGCAGAAUGUGCAGUAUGAUGGACCCUUCUAUGAAGACCGCAACACAGUAAAUUGUGUCCUAGAUUCAAGCGAGAAUGUAAACUUUCUUUAUCUUUUGUUGAAGCUGAUGUUUAUCGGUAGAAGUAGAAGUUUCUUCUUCAUCAUCGGUUUCGCGUGCCUUUCUUUUUGUCGAGGCCAUAUCGUAAAAUACUCACUAGGUAAACUAAACUAGGGGACCGAAAAUAAAAAGGAUCGCUGAUUCCAUUAAUGGUAACAUUGAAAUCAGGCAAUGUGCACACCCGUCAAUGUAGUCAAAUUGGAACCCAAAGCUGUUUGGGAAAUGGGACAUUCAUGUAUAACAUACCUGGUACGCAAAAUAAACCAUUAAAAUGUUUUACAAAAAUAUUUAUACCCCCCACACCAGCCGCACCUUGUCAACGUAAAACAAAGGGCCAUCUAUUACGGAAAACAAAGGGCCAUCUAACUAUUGCGUAAAACAAAGAGCCAUCUAUUACGUCAAACGACCAUCUAACUAUUACAUAAAACAAAGGGCCAUCUAACUAUUACGUAAAACAAAGAGCCAUCUAUUACGUCAAACGACCAUCUAACUAUUAUGUAAAACAAAGGGCCAUCUAACUAUUACGUAAAACAAAUGGCCAUCUAACUAUUAAGUAAAACAAAGGGCCAUCUAACUAUUACGUAAAACAAAGGGCCAUCUAACUAUUACGGAAAACAAAUGGCCAUCUAACUAUUACGUAAAACAAAGGGCCAUCUAACUAUUACAUAAAACAAAGGGCCAUCUAACUAUUAUGUAAAACAAAGGGCCAUCUAACUAUUCCGGAUUAUGUAGGCGCUGAGGAUGCGUACGACAGAUUUGUUGGGGGGGGGGGUGGUCAAUAGACAGCACCUACAUUUAUGCAUACAAUAAUUAUCCUGACAGUCUCUUAUAAAGCCAACUGUCAUCUGAAAGUCUGUGAAAUCAGUGAAUUCUAAUUAGGCCUUUUUAUUAUUAUUAUUAUUAUUAAAGCUAUAAAAAUAUUACCACAAUAUUUCGCAGAAAGCAUAUAGGCCUACUCCUUUAAGCUACUAAUGCUUUGUGUUUUUCAUAAAGAGAUCCCUGUAGUUGUAAAAUUGAACAUGACAUAGUCAUAACACACUGUAGUCCAGUAAUGCGUUUUUCCGUGCUGGUGACGUCAUUAUUUCCACCGGGCAGAAUCACCCCCAGCCCCCUCAUUACUGGGGAAAAAAAUUGAGCCAUCGCCCGAUUUUUUUCCAUUAAUAAAAGGGGUGGGAUGGGGGGUAGUAUUAGUAGUGAUACCAAAAUGACGUAUUACGAUCGCUGAGGGUGAAGAGCUGCUUUGCGAGUUCUACAAAUAUUUAUUUUUUAAUGCCGCUGACUAGCUCUUAUAAAAUAUGUCCACAUCCAACAUUCCAGUGCAGAAUAGUGGGAUCAUGAUUUUAUUGUAAAAACCAUCGCGUCUCUAGUUUUCUCCGUUUUCACAAUCGCCGCUGUUCAAGGAAACAAAACUACGUCACACGCUGGGUAGCAGUCAAAGGGGGAUGGUGGUGAAGCGGUUGCCAGGGCAACUAGUAUACCUAUUACCGGUGAUGCAGCUAACUAGUUCACUGUGACACGCAAAGCAUCAGUAUGACUAUCAUCACCAUCAAUGCGAUGCGUUGCGGUGAUAUAUUUAUAGCCUUUGACACUCCGACCAACCCCCUACCCAUGCGUCCCGUGUGCAGCAAAUGUCCUCCAUCAACAACCCCCACCUCCCCUCUCAGUGCGUACAUAAGAUAAUGAAGGAUGGUCCCACCUUUAAAAAAAGUUACAACCAAUCGUUUUUCUGGUUCCAUUCACCAUUAGAUUUUUAUUAGAAAGGGCUAAAACUUCAACAAACAAAAAAAACAAAAAAAACUAUCGGAAAUUUUUUUUUUUUCACCCGGCCUCUGAAAAUCGUAGUUUUGGCGGGUCUAGGCGUACAAUCGUAAAAGACAUCUCAAAAUCGUACAUUGUACGCCAAAAUCGUAAGAGUAAACAGGUCUGGGUCAACAUAGCUGGUAGAAGAGUGGGUCAACAUAGCUGGUAGAUGAGCGGGUCAACAUAGCUGGUAGAAGAGUGUGUCAACAUAGCUGGUAGAAGAGUGGGUCAACAUAGCUGAUAGAAGAGUGGGUCAACAUAGCUGGUAGAAGAGAGGGGGUGAAACAUAUCUGGUUGAGGAUUGGGGGCAAAGUGGCUGUAAAAGAGUGUGGAAACAUAGUUGGUAGAAUAGAGUGGGACAUCAAAUUUAAGAAAAUAAUUUAUUAAAAAUUUUGGGGCUUGGAGCAGUGAGAAAUUUGACCAGCUCGAGCUCUGGGAAAAAAGACCCUGCUCCUGGGUUCCAAGCUCCACUCCAAAUCCCAGGUGUUGUCACCCACAAGUUGACAAGCCAAGGAUCUGUUUGGAGAUUGGCAUACUCUAUUCAACCAAGUUAAAUCAAGUUGCAUGACCGAGGUUGGCAAGAUCUUGCUGAUUACCAGCAAAGAGGACAUCAUACCAAUGACCAUGGCAAGCAGAAAUUCAUAAAUCCCCAACUUGUAAUAUGCAAGACAAGCAGCUUCAAUAUUCACUUUAGUGUGCGUGUCAGGUUUGGGUGACGUAGCACAACUGAACUGGGAGGGAUAGUAUGGGAAAAGGACAGACUGAUUGGCUGGAAAAUACAAACUAUGGCGUCUGCAUGAUCGCCAAUCCUCUGUACAUUUUUGGACCGUCCUAAAACGACUUGUCCGUAAAUGUCUGUAAGAAUUUUAGGGUGUCUGUAAAAAUAAGACUUUGAUCAAAAGGUUUUUGAAGGCUAUUAAAGCAGGAUAUCUAUACAUUUGUGAUUUCUUCUUACUAGCUUUUUACUUGUAUUAUCUUAUAAUCAGUGGAUAUUCAACACUUAUGAUAGUGCUCUACAAUGAAUACUGUUAUUUUAAAUUUAAAAAAGAACUCAAGCAUAAUGGUCAAAAGGUAUCAUAGAGUCAUACACAGAUGUAGCAACCUGUUUAUUUAGUUGUAUGGAUAGUUAAAUUUUUUUGGGUUUCUUCUGUUCAUUCUAUAAAAUUUUGUCCAUAAAAAUUGUGCAGAAUUAGAUUUUUUCAUUAAAUUUUAUUAUUUUGAGUUGGCAACCCUGGUAGGCACGGCCUGGCUAUAUAAUUAAUGAUAUAUAAUAAGGGCUAUGUGCUGGGCCCCAUAAGCACAGGGCCUUGGGGCAGUUGCUCCGUUUUCCACCCUCCAGCGAUGCACCCGUUAAUACUUCCAAGAGGAAUUUUAUUUAUUUCCCAAAGAGCUUAAUUUUUAAAAUGUAUUUUAUCAAUCAUUGUUAAUUAUUGCAGGAUCAACUCAGUAUCCAAUGGACAAAUAAGGGGUGAGGCCUACACAACAGGCUGCAUAGGACAAACAGGUUAGUUAUGAAAAGGUAAAAAUUGUCCUACUUCUGUUAAAAACAUUACUGACAUUUUUGUAGUUUGCUUCAACUGAUGAUAAUGCUAUUUAUGACAUCCACAACAGAUGGGAGGGAUGUUUCAACACAAAUUUAAGUUUGUUGCACCACUGAAAAUGUUGAAUCCUCUGUGAAGGCCGAGAUCAUGCUCUUAUGGCCUUGGCCAAUUUACUAGUGGCUUGAUUCAUCUGAUGGGCGUCGCCGUAAAUUAAGUAUCAACACAGGUCCCCGUGUUUAGACCUCCCACCCCAUCGCCUUUACUGGAGCAGUUAAUAACCAGGCGCUCUACCGCCUCUGUGACAAGGCCACAUAGUCGGCAGUUGGUAUCCUUUCCAUGAGUCCAGUCGAUAGAUGUAAUUGGGUGUCGCACAUUGGUCCAUCCUCAUUUGUGUUAUUAGACUGUUCAUGUCUCUUAAGUUUCCACGAUGGGUCACUUUUGCUCUGUCGUGGGAUUUUCUGAUAGAGCUGCCAUCCAGUGUUCCCUGGCACCCAGUCUCUAAGCCACUCCUCAUGGGAUUGAUCUUGUAGCCAUGCCUUGACUCCCAGCUGAGUCCUGGGUUUAUCAGGUAGGGUUGGGCCACACCUUCUCGCGCUACGGUAUCAGCCCUGUCAUGCUGUGUCACCUUAACAUGACAUGGUAUAAACUGCAGGAAAACCUUACCUUUUGGAUGCUGUAUACUGUCUCCAGGAUGGUGUUUACUACUGUGGUCUCAGUCAAGCCCUUUCCCAAGCUUUUGAGAGCAAAUGUACUGGAAGUUUUUUCUCUUCGUUAGACAUAGGCGUACUUAUUUUAGGGCGGCCAGGAUUGCUUCUACUUUUGCAUCGAAGCUGGUUCUAUUCUUUCCACUUGGCCCUGACAGCUCCUUUGUUGGAGAUACCUCUCCUGCGUAUUGUAUGAGUGCACCAGAGCCGCUGCCAUUUUCCAUAGCGAAGCAUGCAUUGUCUGUGAAGACUUUACCAUCUGGUCCGAGUAGGCGUCAAUCGUUUUGAGUGCUUCCUCCCUUUGUUCUGCUUGGGAGUUGGCUUUAGCCGGAUCUAUAGUUGUUUCAUGUCUUAUCCUGAGCUCCAUAUCACUAGAUCAUCCGCGAACAUGGCAAUCUGGGAUUCCAACUCUUCUUGUAAAUCAUGUACGUAGGCGAGGAAUAGAGUGCAACUGAGAGCGGAUCCCUGCAGGAGCCUAUGUUCUAGGAAUUCUUCGGCCCACCGAUACAUAUUAGCAGUAAUCCCCAGAUUCUGCAGCUUAUACAUUAGGCCCAUGCGCCACUAAAAAGUAUUAAUUUAUGUAAAUAUUUUUAUUGAAAAUGUACUCUAAUCUACGAGUUCAAGCGUUUUCUAUAUAAACCUAUAUUUUAUUUUAAUUAUUUACAUUAAUAAUUUUGUAAUGUUCAAAAGGUGCAAGGGUCUGGUUGUUUCUUGGAUUUUUAUUGGCUUUUGGUGCUCUUAUUGCUGCCAGCUGGAUUCUUUUUGGUUUUUAUGUGGUAGGAAGUAAGUAAAUUUAUUUUUUCUCUUACAUUUCCUUUUUUAUAGUGUAGAGUAGGUGUACUGGUGUAUAUAUUUGUAUUUGUGUAAGGAAAAUGGUUUUUGAGGAUAAAAUGUUUUAUCCUCCAUGAAAAUGUUCACUUUUAUUUGUAUAGGUCAUGUGCUGUUUUUGCUUGUGAAUAAUAAAUGUUCUUAAUCCAUUCAGAUUGAAUUUCACUUAAAAUCAUUUUUAAUCACCUACAACUACAAGUGAUAAUUAAAUGUAAAAAUAGUAAUUAAUUUAAACACUUUAUAGAAGAAAUCGCUACUUAAGUGAGAAAAGUUUUAUUUUAUAUAUUUUUUAUUUCAUUUGAUUUUUGUUAAGUAUAAGUUUUUAUCUUUCUAAAGAUGUCAAACCUGACUGGCCAGGAAUUGCAGUUUUCCUUCAGAAUGCUCUCAUAUUUUUUAGGUGGGUAUUCAAACUUUUAAACUUUCAACUAAUCUCUUCUACAGCACAGAAACAGCUAAUCUAUUAUGAUUAUUCAUUCCUAAUAAAUGUCUAAUACAUGAGUUUAAAGAAGUAUUACAUUUUUAUUUUAGCAACUCUUAUUGUGAGAAUACACAAUCUCUGAAGUACUAUUGAUGUUUCAUACUUAAAUUUAAAUACAGUAGAACCCGGUUAUGUCCACGGCCUCGGGGUUUGCCAUAAAGCGUUGAGAUAACUGAUGAUCGAGAUAACCAACAACCAAUAUGGCAGCAAUAUAUUAACAUGUGCUUGAAAUUUCUUUAUGUACAUCAUGUGUGUUAAUAAAUGCAGGUACUUCAUUAAAAACAAAAAUUAAUAAUUUUAAAAAUAUUACAGUUAUUUAGAGCAAAUUUCAAAUUUAAAAAAUGAAACUAGAAUCAACUUUUUAACUUUAGUACUUUUUGAGCUACGAAUUUUUAAAGUAGUAAAGUUGGGAUUUUUAACUAUGGACGAAGUCUCCACAUUUUGUGACCUCAUUCUGCUGAUCGCGUCUUGCGCAACGACUAUAUAUUUUUUAUAAGGCAACGCAUCCCCUUAUUACUAAAAUACAAUUUAGAGACUACUUAUUUUGAACUUUCAACUUUGGCACAUGACUAUUUAAUUAAAGCUUUCCCUGACCAAUGGUUUAAUAGCAUUUGCACACAGCAAACUGUUAUGAAUGAAACUCUGACGUAGUAACACGGCUUAGCAUAUAUGUAAGUGAUCAUGAAUGGCUGCCCAUGACAACGUUUUGCACACUGCAAAUUAUGAUCAUUUAUAAUAUGGACUCUACUUGGUUUUUAAGCCUCGAAUUAAAACAUAUUUAUUUAAAUUACUUCUAGGUUCAUUCUAAAACACAAGUCCUGUAUUGUGAGAAAUAAAUAAUUAUUUUUAAUAAUGAAAAACAUGUUUGUUUGUUGUUUGCUAUUUCUCCUUGCGGAGUUCAAAAGCCGAGUGGUCAUGGGGAUCGAGAUAACCGAGGUUAAGAGGCAACUUUGGCUGCCUUUUGUGCUUGAGAUAUCAGGGUUCGGCGAUAUAAAAGAAUCAACAUAACCGAGGAGAAAAUGCUAAGACAAAGAGAGAAUUUGGCGGUUGCGCUUCAAAAACGUCCACAUAACAGGGUUGGCAAGUUAACCGAGGUCGAGAUAAGCGGGUUCGACUGUAGAUAAAUUUUCUUAUUAUAAAAAUGAGUCAAUGACUGAUGUCUCAUUAAAAAUAAACAGUUUUAUCAGUCUUUCAUUUUUAACACUGUUAGUACACCCUGUACAUAAAAUUGUGAUGUUUUUGUUUUCUUGGCAUUUUGUUUUCAGUGCAUUUGUCUUCAAGUUUGGAAGAACAGAGGAUUUAUGGGGUUAAUCAUCAAGCAGAAAGAUUUUGGUAUUCAUAUCUAUUUGGAACGUGAUCUCUUUGUGAGCACAGUUAUCAAAUAAUCUUGUAUAGGUACAAGAUUGUCCGCACAGAUCUGCUUUAAUUGUGCAUCUUUUCAUUAUAAAAAACUCAUGUAGCUGAAUGACAUUUUCACUAAUUUUUUUUUUAAAUUGAAAGUCAAAGUUGAAGGUCAAUACAUGAGUUCUUUUUAAAUACUGGUAGCAGAUGAUACAUUUUUUUUUUAAAUUAAUGUUUACGGUCUAAUCUGGAAAUGUUUUAGAAAUUGUUAGUUCAUAUAAAGUUCAUAUAAGAAAGUGAAUGAAGAAUAAUUUUCUCUUUAAUCACUUUAAAUAGUAAGCUUCCUAAUAUGAUGUUUUUUUUGUGGUGAAAUUUAUAACUCAUACCUAGGGCUGAACAUGGUGCAUUUUUUUUGCACUGCGUCAAAGUAUUUUGAGACAAUACCUGGUGGUUCCUAGUGUUAAAAUAAAAAAAAGAAUUAUCUUCUCAUUUUUCUUUAAGGCUUCCUACACAAAGGGGAGAAGUGAAAAGUGCUAAAUAAUACUAAUAGCUUAAUAAUAUGAGAACAAUUUUUAAUAAAUUCUCACACCUGGUUAUAGUUUAUUUUGAAAGCUGCAAAAAACAAAGAAAAACAAAACAAAAGCAACAGCAAAAACUAAAAUCAUAUGUAAUGUAAUUUUUAACCCUAUUAAAUGUCAUAACGGGCGAUGAUCAGGUGUCAAAGCCAUAUAAUAAAACGCUAGCAAAAUCGUCAUUAAAAAUGCAAUGCAAUGAUUUAAAGUAUAUUGUUUAAGGGGAAAUCAUUCUUUGUAAAUGAGUUUGCUUCCCAUUUCUGUUUCUUCAGUGUGUUGACAUGCUUUUAUCAACACAUAUCAGGGCUUGUUUUGUGAUUAAUCAGGUGUGAAUUCGCUCAUUUUUUUUUUAUUGCCAUUAUGUUUGAUGCUCUAGAUGGUCCCCCUCUAGACUACAAUUAUUUCAAAUGGAUUAUAUUGAAAGCAAUGAUUUCAGAGAUAUUCAGCACGCUAGUAAUGACAGUAUCAACUCUAGUGAUGGUGACAUAAGAUCAAAAGAGUCAGAUAUUGACAAUUUAAGCCCUAAGCUUAGUCAUAUUGUCACAGUCACAGACAAAUUUGUUUGGGAAAGGGUGGAAAUCCAACAGAAAAGGCAAAGAUAGGAUCUUAAAUACCUACCCUAAAGAGAUUCAUGUACAAUUAUGUUUUUGUAUGCUCUAGAAUAUUCAUUUAAAAAAUGGAUUGCAUAACUUCGGAAUUUUUGAACUCAUUUUGUGCUUUCCUCUUGUAUUUGUGUGACAGAAAUUUCAAAGUACCUGGUAGUGAAUUUAAAAAAUUUACAAAAAUUACAAUUUUCAAUGUAAGUACCUACCUGUAACUAUAACUUGACAUUUUCUGAAAGAUAAUUGCUUGUGGUAUCUCAAUUUUAUUAAUUUUAUUAUAAUUUGAACUAUUUAUGGAGUACCGGUAUUAGGUUGGGUUGAAUGCAGAGGAUUAUUAAAAUUUUAUGCUCAGUCAUGUUCAGUAUCAACAUACUUAAUAGAAAAACAAAUUCUUUUCAUACCAUCAGAUACCUUGUCUAAUAUAAUUGCAGAAAAUGUAUACUUAUAAUAAGGGUCUCUGAAUUCAUUUAGUAUGGGAUCUUGUCAUUUUUGAAAAGCAUAAGAAAAUGCUAAAAAUGGCUUGAAAUCACAGGAAAAUGCACUUGACAGUAAUAGAUUUUAAAAUAAUGAACUUGACUGCCAAAAUAUUUAUAUUAAAUUAGCUGCCGACAGCUGUGUCAUAGUUUUUAUUUAAAUCUAUGUAGCUGUAGUGUAGUUAACGUUUUUUAAAGUGUAGUAAUUAUUUUAAGAAACUAAUCUGGUUACUGUAAAUAAUAUUUAAUUUUCAAAAUUAAAAUUCAAAUACCUGAUUAAUACCAAAAUGCACAUUUUACACUAAAACCUUUCUAAAAUAUCUUAAAUUUUCAAACCACCCCAGACUUUUUUUUCAGGCAACCCCUGUCAUGACUAUCAGGUUGAGAACCCUUACCCAUACCCAUAAAUAUGGCAAAAAUCAACCAUGGAAUGUAGCUUCACUAGAAAAAUCUAUGUUCAUAAGUGUUGUUGGUCACUUGGUAGCAGUUUUUAUUUUCUGAUGCCAACUUCAUUAUUUUAAUAAAUAUUUAUAUCAUAAUCAUGUCGAUUCUAGCCAAGCCUUUCUUCAGUUAAGCCUAUUGUUUCACUUAUUAAAUGAGUGUUAAAUUACAUUACUAUUAUUGAAUUCUAUUGCUAUGACAGAACUUAGGGAUAAUCCACACACACACAUUUUGGCGACUCUGUAUUAUCAGUCAGUGAUCAUGUGAAAUGAAAUAUUAAUUUUAAAUAGAAAUUACCAAGGUCAAAUAUAUCCAACUUGCUAAGACAAAUAAUUGCACAAAAUUCACAGCUAGUACAGGUAUAUUAUCAUAGCUUUGCACUUUCAUUUAUUGAAUUUUGCACCUAUCGGUAAUCAGUUUUCUUUUCUUUAUUUAUUUAUAUCAGAUAAAAUAAGAAGAAAAAAAGGUAUUUAAAAUAAUAUUUAUAUGCACUUUUCAUUAUUUUCCCAUUGGGUGGAACACAUUAUAGAAAAUGAGAAGGUAUUUUUGUUCUCGCCACCUGGACCUGUUUUUUUUUUUUCGGUGCCAGGUGUGUUCACACUCUGUAUUUCAGAAGUGAGCUCAUCCCUACCCAUCACUGUGUUUUUAGCUGGAGUUUUUUCCUUCUGAGGAAAGGAAUGGUAGGGUGAAUGGUAGGCAUUUUUUUAAAUGUACAUAUAAUUUCCCAUAUCUAUUUUUUCUUCUGGGUUUUUGUUGUAUUAGUUUUAAUUAAGUGUAAUUUGAAAUUAGCUGAAUUAAAAAUUCUUUUUAAAGACCUUACUUAAUUAAAUGCAAAAUAAUUUACUUGUCUUGUGGAAGUGAACAUGAUAUUUUCAGCUACAUAGAUUGUUUUUUCCAUUGUGAAUGAGGUGUAUGGCUGUACCAGAAUCAAUAGUUAACCAAUUGUUUUAUUAAAUUAUGUCUUGGCAAUAUUACCGCAUUUUAGCUCAUUUUCUUGUACAGAUAUCCAUCCUGCACUUCUUCAGUGCACAGACAUUGUGCACUAACUAAAAUAUUUUGGUUUUAUUACUGUGUUUGUCGAAUAAUUUAAAUGUCUGUAUGGUACCAAAAAUGUAAUAUAAAUAUCCUGUUAAAAUUAUUUGAAUUGUGAAGCUUUUGUAUUGUUCAAAGAAUGUUUUUAAAAUGAUGUCAUGCCACAUAUAAAUAGCUGUAAAAAAUGUAGCAAUUACAAAAAUGAAAAGGAUACCCCAAUGGCUACAUUACAUUAAUGAAUAUGAAAAUUGAAUCCACAAAAAAUGUUUAAGAUUUUACAUCGAAAAUACUUAAAUUAAUAUAAAUAUAAUACUAGGAUGGUUAUCUCCAAACAAUAAACUAUUCACAUGUAAUGCUGGUUGUUUUCAACAAAUAACUUUUGGUUGGGCUCAGUUGACAAUUUAAAUACAUGCUGCAGUUAUAAAGCAUAGUUCAAAGAGUCUAACCUUCGUUUGGCACUAAAGAAUUGUUCUCAAGAAAGUAAGGAAGCAUAGGAAAGAAUUGAAAAUAUUUCCUUUUCACCUAUAAUAAAGGAAGAUGCAUUCUACAGUUUCCAUGGUCAUCUUAUGAUUGUUAGGUCUCACUAUGCUGUUCACAAAAUAAAUAAUAUAUAUAUAUGUCAUUUGUAUAAGUGAACAUUUGUUUGUUUGUGGCUUUGUUCCACAAGGGCUUUUACAUGGAUUGAUGGAUCUUGGCCAAACUUGGCACAUAUAUCCAUUAUUUUUACUUUAAAAUAUACUCCGUUUGGGGCCGGGGCCCUGACUUUUUUGUUUCCAUAUAAGAACUAUAUAAAUAAAAUGACCAACAAAUACUCCUACAUAAAUGGAUGGAUCGUGACCAACCUAACCUUAGUACACAUACACUUGAUGAUCCAUAUUCAAAUACCGAAGGGUAUUGAACUCAUGAUAUCCAUCUCUUUGGAUCCGGGGGCUCCGCCGUUUCAUUUUUCCUUAUAUAAGCUAUAUAUGUUUCGAGGAGGAUAUUAAAUUUAAUCUAGAAUGUUCCUAAAAAUUCUUUAUUGUUCUACAGCGAUAUAUAAUUAUUGUAUCUAAAAGUUUAUUGAAUUGUUAGUUUAGUUCCUAUUUUUUUGCAAUGGGGAUUUUCUCUAAACAUACCCUUCUUAAUCCUACCGGGAACAAAAUCCUACUGGGAAUAGGAUCUUAAAGGGGAUCGAGAUCCAAUAGUAAACUGGAACACACGGGUAACGUGAUCCCAUCGGGUAACGGGAUCCUAUUGGGGAAACAUGAUCCCAUUGGAGAAUAUAAAUUUUACACCUUAACAAGUGUGUUUUUUGCUACCUUAUCAAAAUAAGUUGAAGAUAAUGAAACGAUGCUAGGUGAAGUUUGCAUUGGUGAUAAUUAUAGUUUUUAAUUAUUUAAGUUGUUUAAGUGAUGGCCCUCGAUGGAGGUAAUUUUUAGUAAUAGCAGUUAAUGCAAAUGGCAUAAUGACCAUCCUUUCAAAGCAAACUCUAAUUCUUAGAGCAGCAUGAAAUGUGGAAAUUAAUUACCAUAAUAAAUAAUAGAAGAUUUGAAACAUGGAAUAGAAAAUGUUAAUGCACUCUCUUUAAAUAAAAUCAGCUUGUUAAAUGUUGUCACGGUCAGAUCGCGUGAGUUUUUUGUGUCAACUUCUAUAAUGUUAAUUUGACCAAUCGUGGGUGAGUUUAUUUUCCCCGUGUGCCCCACGAGUUGUGAUUUUUCUCGGUCAAGGUAUGACCGGUGUGCUGUGUCUGAAAAAAAACCACGUGUGUGAGUUGAGUUUUGAAGGAGUGAACAGUGGCGAGUGCUGUGGAUAUGGUGUAUGAUUUUUGUCUUAUAAAGGCAGUGAGUUUUUCUACGGAUGGAAGAGGACUUGUGUAACUUUAACUGUUUUGUGUAGUGG